AUGAGAGCUCAAUUCAGGACUCUUGAAAGAGAAGCUCGAUUCAAGAAUCCUCCUACGGAUAAAUCAGCAUAUCCAUUAUUAGCAGAAGCAGUUGCCCCUCAUGUUGGAUCAUUCAAUGCCUUAACUGAGGGCCCAGACGGAGGAUUAUUAAAUCUUGCUGUUAAAGAUAUCGGAACAAAGACUAUCUUUGAUACACCAGAUACCAGUGAUAGAUUGGGGAAUAAACUUUCUAUUCGAGUUGAAAGUGUUCAAUUGGCAAAACCUGCCGUUGCUUCUAGUGAUAAAUUAUCCUUAAACAGAAAAACCUAUCCUUCUGAAUGUAGAGAAAGAAUGACAACUUAUAGAUCAAGAUUGAUGUUAAAAGUGAGUUGGAAGGUUAAUGAUGAUGAAGAAGAGAUUCUGGAAAUUAGAGAAGCGGGACAAGUUCCAAUUAUGUUAAAAACCAAUAGAUGUCAUUUAGAAAAACUUUCACCUCAACAAUUAGUUGAAACCAAGGAAGAAAGUGAUGAAUUAGGGGGAUAUUUUAUUGUUAAUGGGAUUGAAAAAUUGAUUCGUAUGUUGAUUGUUCAAAGACGUAAUCACCCAAUGGCGAUUAUUCGUCCUUCAUUUGGGAAUCGUGGUGCUUCAUAUACGAAAUAUGGUAUACAAAUUAGAUCAGUUCGUGAUGAUCAAACUUCUCAAACUAAUGUCUUACAUUAUUUGAAUGAUGGGAAUGUUACUUUUAGAUUCUCAUGGAGAAAGAAUGAAUAUUUGGUUCCUGUUGUUAUGAUUCUUAAAGCUUUGAUUGAAACUAAUGAUCGUGAAAUUUUUGAUGGUAUUGUGGGAAAUGAUAUUGAAAACUCCUUCUUAACUGAUCGUUUAGAAUUAUUAUUAAGAACUUAUAAGACAUAUAAUUUAUAUUCAAAACAAGAAACUUUAGCUUAUUUAGGUGAUAAAUUUAGAGUUGUCUUUGGUUCAAGUCGUGAUGUUUCCGACAUUGAAGUUGGUAAAGAAGUUUUAAGAAGAAUUGUUUUAGUUCAUUUAUCUCAACCAAUUGAUAAAUUUAGAAUGUUAUUAUUCAUGAUUAGAAAAUUAUAUUCAUUAGUUGCAGGAGAUUGUUGUCCUGAUAAUCCAGAUGCAACUCAACAUCAAGAAGUCUUAUUAGGUGGAUUCCUUUAUGGUAUGAUUAUCAAAGAAAAAAUUGAAGAAUAUUUACAAAAUAUCAAAUUACAAAUCCAAUCAGAUAUAAACCGUGGUAUUGCCAUAAAUUUCAAUGAUCGUAAAUAUAUGUCAAGAGUUUUCAUGAGAAUCAAUGAAAAUAUUGGUCAAAAAUUACAAUAUUUCUUAUCUACCGGUAAUUUAGUCUCACAAUCUGGAUUAGAUUUACAACAAGUAUCAGGAUAUACAGUCGUGGCUGAAAAGAUCAAUUUCUAUCGAUUUAUAUCCCAUUUCAGAAUGGUUCAUCGUGGUUCCUUCUUUGCUGAAUUAAAAACCACCACCGUUAGAAAAUUAUUACCCGAAUCUUGGGGAUUCUUAUGUCCCGUUCAUACCCCUGAUGGAUCCCCCUGUGGUCUUUUGAACCAUUUAUCCCAUAAAUGUAAGAUCGCCACCGAAGCUUCCGAUGUCUCACAAGUCCCCAAGGCAUUGGCUCUCCUUGGUGUUUCUCCUGCAGAUACAUUCGCCGCCGGGCCCAAUGCAUGUUGUGUCCAAUUAGAUGGGAAGAUCGUCGGUUGGACCACUCAUGAACAAGGUAAGAUUGUCGCUGAUACUUUAAGAUUCUGGAAAGUUGAUGGAAAACAUGGAUUACCAUUAGAUUUAGAAUUAGGUUAUGUUCCACCUUCGAGCAAAGGGCAAUAUCCGGGUUUAUAUAUCUUUGGUGGACGUUCUAGAAUGAUGAGACCAGUUAAAUAUUUACCAUUGAAUCAAACUGAUAUUUUGGGUCCUUUUGAACAAGUAUAUAUGAAUGUUGCUGUCACUCCUGAAGAAAUCGAAAAUAAUAUUCAUUCCCAUGUUGAAUUCACCCCAACUAAUAUUUUAUCCAUUUUGGCUAAUUUAACUCCAUUUUCUGAUUUUAAUCAAUCUCCAAGAAAUAUGUAUCAAUGUCAAAUGGGGAAACAAACAAUGGGUACUCCUGGAACUGCGUUGGUUCAUAGAUCGGAUAAUAAAUUAUAUAGAUUACAAACUGGUCAAACUCCAAUUGUUAAAGCUAAUUUAUAUGAUGAUUAUGGAAUGGAUAAUUUCCCUAAUGGUAUGAAUGCAGUUGUGGCGGUUAUUUCAUAUACUGGUUAUGAUAUGGAUGAUGCGAUGAUUAUAAAUAAGUCAGCUGAUGAAAGAGGAUUUGGUUAUGGUACAGUUUAUAAAGUCGAAAAAGUUGAUUUAUCACUUUCAAGAAGAAGAGGUGAUCCAAUCACUCAACAUUUCGGAUUUGGUGAAGAUGAAUGGCCAGAAACUUGGAAAGAAAAAUUAGAUAAUGAUGGAUUACCAUUAAUCGGCGUCAAAGUUGAAGAAGGUGAUCCAAUCGUAGCAUAUUUUGAUGAAACAUUAGGUAAAACGAAAGUCAAAACCUAUCAUUCUUCCGAACCCGCCUACAUCGAAGAAGUCAAACUCUUAGGUGAUGACACUAAUGCGGAUCAAGAAUGUCAACAAAUCACAAUCAAAUAUAGAAUCACCCGUGCUCCAUUAAUCGGUGAUAAGUUCUCCUCCAGACAUGGUCAAAAGGGGGUUUGUUCCAGAAAAUGGCCACAAAUCGACAUGCCAUUCUCCGAAACCGGGAUCCAACCUGACGUCAUCAUCAACCCGCAUGCUUUCCCUUCACGUAUGACAAUUGGGAUGUUUGUAGAAUCCUUAGCCGGUAAGGCCGGUGCCUUGCACGGGAUUGCCCAAGAUUCAACUCCAUGGAAAUUUAGUGAAGACGAUACACCAGCCGAUUAUUUCGGAGAACAAUUAUUAAAAGCAGGAUAUAAUUAUCAUGGUAAUGAGCCAAUGUAUUCAGGAGCUACUGGUGAAGAAUUAAGAGCAGAUAUAUAUAUCGGAUGUGUCUAUUAUCAAAGAUUAAGACAUAUGGUCAAUGAUAAAUUCCAAGUCAGAUCAACUGGUCCGGUGAAUUCAUUAACCAUGCAACCAGUUAAAGGUAGAAAGAGAUCCGGUGGUAUUCGUGUUGGGGAAAUGGAAAGAGAUGCAUUGAUUGGUCAUGGAACUGCAUUCUUGUUACAAGAUAGAUUAUUGAAUUGUUCAGAUUAUACCCAAACUCCAAUUUGUCGUGGUUGUGGAUCUAUUUUAACUACUCAAACUAGUGUUCCAAGAAUUGGAUCAAUGGCAAGUGUUAGAUGUAGAAGAUGUGCUACUAAAUUGGAUACAUACGUCCAAAAGAAAGGAUAUGCGGCCGAAGCUGAUAUUUGGGAAGAUGGUCAAGGGGUUAAGUUUGUUGGUGGUGAAAAUACCACCACGGUUGCUAUUCCAUUCGUAUUGAAAUAUUUGGAUUCUGAAUUAUCUGCUAUGGGUAUUAAAAUGAGAUAUAAUGUUGAACCUCAAUAG